AUGUCCUCCUCUUCCCAGAGCAGCGAAACGGAGGAAGAAAAGGUUCAGGAAAAACCAAAAGUUCAACAAAAACAAGUUCAAAAAUCUCCGCAAACAGAACGUCCUCCUUGGAAGCACAGGAAGAAGUCUCAAAAGGAAAGUCUAGAAGAGAAAAAGGUUGCUUUGGAAGAAAAAUUGGCUAAAGAAAAACGAGAAGGAUUAGCAGGAUCUAGAUUUAAGAUUAAACGUUCAAGCAUUGAUUUGGGUCGACGUCAUGUUUCAACAUCUAGCCAAAAAGAUCACCCAUCUAAAAUUGAUGAACAAGUUUCUCAAGGUAGCGAAAGUGCUGCUACUGUUGUGGAAAGAUCACCACAAGUACAAUUGCCUGGGCAGAUUCAAUCACCCACAGAUGGGCGUGGAAUGAGUAUAAAGGAAUGGAGACGUUUUUCUAAAGGUGGUAGCAGUCUCGAGUAUCCUCCAAAUAUCGAAUUUUAUCGAAAUACAUUGGAAAAAUUGGAAAGUGGUUUAAUUUCUGAUGGACGUUUACCACCAACACGUCCUUCAAUGAUGGAUUUAGUAGAAGGAUUAAAAAAUCAGCAAAAAGAAGAAGCAACACAUCGUGACAGUCUUUUUAGUCUACAACUAUUUAAAGAGCAAAAUACUGAAAUUAUUGAAGGACAACAAAGAAUUUUGGGUAAAUUUAGAAGUCAACCUAGACGUUCGGAAAGUGGUUAUUCAAAGAAAUCAAUGUCCAUUCAAAAACAACGUGAAAUAACUACAUCAGGUCCGGCAACAUCAACAGGUAAAACUGUAACUAAAUUUGGAUGGAUUGAAGGAGUUUUGAUUCGUUGUAUGGCUUCGAUUUUUGGUGUGAUGCUUUAUUUGCGUUUAAGUUGGGUUGCUGGACAAGCUGGGAUUUUAUUUGGCUCUUUUGUCGUUCUGCUUGGAACAUUAAUAACAGUAAUCACAACUCUCUCAACUUCUGCAAUUUGCACAAAUGGACUAGUAAAAGGCGGUGGAGCUUAUUUUUUGAUAAGUCGUUCACUUGGCCCUGAAUUUGGAGGGUCAAUUGGAGUUAUUUUCUCUAUUGCUAAUGCUGUGGGUGCCGCAAUGUAUUUGGUUGGGUUUGCUGAAACAAUUAGAGACUUACUUAAAUCACAUGAUAUAUCUUUGUUGGACGGUGAAAUAAACGAUAUUCGUAUAAUUGCAUUAAUUGCUUGUGCUUUAAUUAUUGUUGUUAUUCUUGUUGGAUUAAGCUUUGAAAGUAAAAUGCAAAUUAUUUUGAUGGUUUUAUUGUGGCUUUCAAUUUUUGAUUAUUGGAUUGGAACUUUUUUGCCUCCUUCAGAAGAUCAACAGAAAAAAGGAAUUGUUGGGUAUAAAAUUGAUACAAUAAAAGAAAACUUUAUGCCUUCUUUUCGUGAUGGAUACGAUUUCUUCUCCGUUUUUGCUGUUUAUUUCCCUGCUGCAACAGGAAUAAUGGCUGGGGCAAAUAUUUCUGGAGAUUUAAAAGAUCCACAAAAAGCAAUUCCUCUUGGAACUCUUGUUGCUAUAGGAAUUACUACAUGUGUUUAUUUAAUAAUGGUUUGGAUGACGGGAGCAACUACUUUAAGAGAUGCUGAUGGAAUUCAUUUACCUCAUUUGUUAACACAAACAUUUAAUGCUAGUAAAAAGUUAUUUGAAACAACAUCACUUUCUUCUAUUGCUGCAACUAAUGUUACAGAAAGCAACCACCUUUUCUCUUCAACACAUUAUUAUGCUCCUCCCCAAUGUUAUUUAAAACAUAAUUGUUCUUAUGGUCUUUUUAAUUAUUUUCAGAUUGUCGAAUUGGGAUCAGCAUUGGGUCCAUUGGUCACUAUAGGUAUCAUUGCCUCUACACUUUCUUCAGCUUUGGUUUCAAUGGUUGGAGCACCUAAAAUAUUUCAAGUUAAUUUUAAAUUUUUUUAA